GAUUAGAGGAACGGUGACUUGCAGCUCUACAGUGUUAAAACAAGAACCCACCGAGUUCUCCACUGAGUACAGCAUGAUGGUGAUGAAGGUCGCAACGAUAAAGAUGAAGCUGUUGGUGCUGGUGUUGGCAGCCCAGCUGCUGAAGGUGAACUCGAAUGAAGACAUUGAUGAAGAAGCUAUUGAAGAAGUUUUUGUAGAACUAAAUAGGCGCAUUCAGGAGGUGAAAAAAUUCUGCAGCAUGCAAGUGAGUGCAGUGAAACAAGUGGCGUUCUCCGCAGUUCUGCACCCUCCUAAAACUAGUGGGCUCGGAAUCAUAGGACCCUUUUCCGACAUCGCCAACCUCGUACACCCCCAUGUCAUCACCAACACUGGCGGUGCCUACAAGGCGCAUACAGGCGUGUUCACAGCUCCGGUGAAGGGUGUUUAUUUCUUCACCUUCACCACACACAGCUGGGCUAAGAACGCUGACAUCGGGGUGGCUCUGUACCGGAACCAAGCGGAGGCGCUGCGGGUUUGCGAGCACCAGGACGACGGGGACAAUGGAGAUUACGCCACUAACUCGGCCGCUCUGAUCCUGGAGCCGGGCGACACUGUGAGCCUCCGUCUGCCAAAGGGCUUCCAGGUGGCCGCCAGCGUGGAGUUCAACAUACACACCUUCUCUGGAUUUCUGCUCUACCAGCUGUGAGCUGCCAGUGAGGCCUCUCAGCAUCUGCAGUCGCUUUCAUGAACAGAAAAAAAGGAAAAAGUGCAUUUAACCCUUAGAAGUCAUCACUAUCACUCUCAUUUUAUUAUCCUCUGUAAAUAUAAUUACAUAAGAACAUAUUUAAUUCAAUUGUUUGUAUUUUUAAUAGGUUCUUGAGUGAUAAACAGUGAAUAUAAAUUAACACCAUGCUUUUUUCAUCACUGGUGAUAAUUUCUACUUAUACAGGUUCAAUCUUGCAUGAUGACAAAAGUGAAUCUGCUCUGCUCAGUACUGUAAUGCAUAUACUCUGCUUUAUUAAUAAAAAUAACCCAAAGGA